AACAUCUUGUGGAAAUCUUCAAUUUGUAUACGUAAUUAAUAUAAAUCUUGUUCACUAACUGUUCUUUCUUUCCAAUCUUGGAGACUUUCUGCACGUUACUACUCUUUCUUUCUGCACGCAAGUGACUUUUUUUGAAAAAAAAAGACAAAUCAGUUGCGUGCUUUUUGGUGGAAAUCUUCCAAAGUAUAAAUGUAGUGACAUACAUAUUGUUCUGCCAUCAGCUUGUUUAUAACAUCAAAGCAAAAAAGAUGGUAGUCUCUAGCACAGAUGAUUUUCAAGCCACUAUUCAAAAGGAAAGUUAUGAUAAAAUGAGUGAAUUAAAAGCCUUUGAUGAUACUAAGGCUGGUGUGAAAGGUCUUGUUGAUGGUGGAAUCACUAAAGUACCUCGGAUAUUCGUUCAGCCAACUAAAAACAGGGCGGAAUCCUUGGAAAAAUGUGACUUCACUUUUCCAGUGAUAGACCUCCAAGGCAUCGAUGAGGAUCCGAUCAAGUAUAAGGAGAUUGUGGACAAAGUUCGAGAUGCAUCAAAAACAUGGGGUUUCUUCCAAGUGAUUAAUCAUGGAAUUCCAACAUCUGUCCUGGACAAAGCAUUGCAAGGAACACGACAGUUUUUCGAGCAAGAUAACGAGGUUAAGAAACAGUAUUACACUCGAGAUAUUGGGAAAAAGGUGAUUUAUGUUAGCAAUCUUGAUUUGUAUAGCCCUUCUGUUCAAACUGCAAGUUGGAGAGACUCAAUGUUCUGUUUCAUGGCUCCGAAUCCUCCUAGUCCACAAGAUUUUCCAAUAGAAUGCGGGGAAAUACUAAAGGAUUUCUCCAACGAUGUGAAGAAAUUGGGGUUCUCCUUGCUUGAAUUAUUGUCUCAAGGUCUCGGUCUCAACCGUAGUUAUCUCAAAGACUAUAUGGAUUGUUUUCAUCUUAGUUGUUGGUGUCAUUACUAUCCAGCGUGCCCUCAACCCGAACUCACCAUGGGCAUCAACAAACAUACUGACAGUGAUUUUCUGACGGUCCUUCUACAAGAUGAAAUCGGAGGACUCCAAGUUCUUCACCAGAAUCAAUGGGUUAAUGUUCCUCCUAAACCUGGUGCUCUUGUCGUCAACAUUGGAGAUUUUCUGCAGCUACUGUCAAAUGACAAGUACAUAAGUGUUGAGCACAGAGCAAUUUCAAACAAAGACAAAUCAAGAAAUUCAGUUGCGUUCUUCUUUGGUGAAACUCCAUGGCAAUCUUCCAAGCUUUAUGGACCAAUUACUGAAUUGUUAUCAGAAGAUAAUCCUCCAAAAUAUCGCUCAACCACAACCAAAGACUACAAAUUUUAUGCCCUUAAUAAAGGUCUUGAUGGAACUUCUGCGCUGUUGCAUUACAAGAUCUAAUCUAUUAAGUAAACUGGUCAUGUUUUAUCUUUUCAUCUUUCUUGUUUAAAAUAAGUGAUGUUUCACAAGACCCGGGAGAGAGUAUUACUAUUUAUCUAGUUGUUGGGUGUGAGUAAAACUACUAUUAAUGAGUAAUAGAAACUACUUUAUAUAUUUCA